AUGUUCAAGCGUAGUUCGUCUAGACUAGGUUACUCAUUGUUGCGCAGUCGUGCACAAGUGUGCGUAAAAGCUUCCUUAGGUAAUAGUGGAGUGUUACUGAAGAGGUUUGUAUCAACUGAACCAGAGAAGGUCUUCUCUAAAAUCACAGAUGAAAAUGAUAGUCAAAGAGAGGGUAUAUUCAAGUACUCGUGGGGGUCAUGGUUAGUGAAUAACGAAUUUGAGAGAGAAAAGAGGACAACAAGAUUUUCCAUCGAAGGCCUGUCUAGUGUAGUAAAUGAUCUUUAUAAAGAUGUCAUGAAUUUUAAGACAGACGCAUCUAAGAAGUUGAUUUUUAAGCCCAAUUCCACAGUGACUCUGGCUGAUAAUGCUAGUGCUGCUCUUCUAGAUAGACUGAAUGCCAAAGAAGGGUUAGUACAAAUUAAGACAAUUGCAAGUAUCCAUGAGGGCAAACACCAUAGAAUUUAUAAGAUAUCGACAAGUGUACCAUCAGAAAGUUUUAUCUUACGUAUACCAUACACAAAAAUUGAUCAAACUGCGACUGAUUACAUUCCAAAUAGAAUCAAAUCAGAGGUAGCUACUAUGGAUUUUAUAGCAAAUAAGGCCAAAAAUUUGACUAUUCCAAAAGUCUAUAGUUAUUCCACUACACCUGAAAAUCCUCUAAAGUGGCCUUACAUUUUGGAAGAAUACAUUGAAGGUGAUUUACUCAUGAAAAAAUGGGAUCCUUUAGUAGAUGAUGAUCCAAAUGGGAAGCCGCCAUCUGAUAAACUCAAAAAUAUUAUUGACAUUGUUGCUGAUUUGCAUAAGGAGAUCAAUUCAAUAAAGUUUGAAACCAAAGAUAUUUUGGGAGGUGGAUCAAUUUAUUUUAAAGAUGAUAUUGAUCCGAAGUUGACGACAGGCUCAAUUAUUGAUGACAAAUGGGUCAUCGGCCCCGUCAUGGAGAGAGCCUUUUGGAGAAAGAAGGAGUCAAUGAAAGGUAUUAAAAGUGAAUUCUUGGGCCCCUGGAAUAAAAUAGGUUCUGAAAUGGAUUUGGUUAAAAAUUUGGGUGCCAUUGAACUUGAAAAUGCAAAGAUUAGACUAUUAGAAACAGCAGAUUCUGAAUUAAAGGAAAUGAUUAAUGGUCAAGUGCAAAGUUUUGAAAAUUUGAUUAAGUUGGCACCAAAGCUCUUUUCUUCUUCCAACUCGAAGAUUCCUAACAUUAAGGAUUUAUUAAGACCCACAUUAUUCCAUCCUGAUCUUGAUCCAAUGAACAUUAUCGUAAAUAAGACCACGGGGAAGCGAGUUCUGUUAGAUUUUGAAGGUUCGGUUAUUAAACCGUUUAUAUUACAGAGUUCACCAAGGUUUGUGGAAUACAACGGUCCCAAAAUUUAUAAUAUUAAGAAUGAUGUACCUGAUUUUGAAAAAAUGAAUGAAAAUGAAAAGGCACAGUACUUAUUUAUUUAUAAACGUACACGUAAUGAAUAUCUCUGGGAAAACGCUUUAAAUGAAAGGUUACCAACUUUAAUCACUUCAAUGGCACCGCCUAUUAAAUUACUGAGAAGCCCUUACAUAUUUGCUGCUGAAAGAAAGACAGAAGAUGGAUAUUUACUUAUUGAUGAAAGUCUUAUCCAAUUGAAACAAGUGUGGUCUGAACUUUUCAAACAUAGGUUGGUCCAAAGCAAGGAUAUUCCUAUAACAAUGACGGAUGAACAGAUUAAAAAGCAUGUUCAAGAUAUGAAUAAAUUGAAUGAUAAGUUGAUGAAGAAUCCAUUUGCUGCUACUCAAGGAUGGAUUCCACAGGAUAUGUUUGAUAAUCUCUUGAAAGCUGGCAUGCUCGUCAAGGACAAAGAUGGUAACUACACCACCAAAUUGGUGAAGUAA